CGAGAGUCGAAUGAUACACCAUAAAGAGGACGAAGACGGAGAUCCGGUCUGCUUCAUCACCGUGUCUUCAGAAAAUAGCCGACAUCCCAGCCUGAGCCCUGGUCGGCAUCUUCGUCGUCAGCACUGCCAGGGCCAGUCCUCAGUCACUCCCGGAACCGACAUUGUUCGAUGUUAGGCAACGUGAAGACUUUCUUAUGGCGCACGCUGUGCGUGCAGAGCAGGCGUACUUGCGGCUUCUGGAACUCGGUGAUCAUAAUUCUACUAGCAUUUUUUAAUUUUAUCCAGGUGGCGUUUAAGCAUAAACAGGCUACGCCGCUCAGCAACGAUUCUGGUACGGUAAAUGUGAGCUUCUUUUUCAUGCCACCCGAAUUUUCGCACAUUGUGUACGCACCAAAGAGCGACUACAACGAUGAGCUGAUGCGUUCCGUGGCCGACGAGAUUGUCAGCCGCUUGAAAGCGACGACAAUGCAACAAAAGGAAUCCAACGACGGGGGAAAGCCUGCGUUUGCCAGGAUUGAAGGCGACAGUGACUCUGCCAAUGCGUCCACUGACGGCGAUGCUCCUGAGAGCGAGGAACAUGCGCCCGAAGGCGCGGUCCCGGUCAAAACGCCGGAGCUGGUCGCCGUGACGGACGCAGAAGCCGUGAUUAAGAAAUGCAAGGAACUACUCAACAAGACCAAGGUCGUGCAGUCAAAGAUAAGCAGUAACAUCGCAGUGGGCAUGCUGUGCUUGACCGCGUCCCGCCCGACAAAUGACUCCGCUAGCCUCGCGUUGAAGUUGUACACUCCUGUUGCAUCCAUCAAUGCGGCGACGACGAAGUUUCCCCUUGGUUCCUCCAUCGGAGCUGCACAGUCUGUUGGACAAGCUGUGGUUUACCAGCAGAUAAUAGAGCAGGAGCACUUAAAGCUACAAAGUGAGAGAUAUCCAAAUGCGAAAAUGAGUUACCAGGUUAGCACUGGUGCCAUGCCAGGCUGGGUGUUUAAGGGCAAUGCGGAUCCCUACGAAGCAGAUCUCGCAACAGCAAUUACGCUCGUAUUUUCUUUGUUCUUGAUGCAGCAGAUAGCCAGAAUAUAUCAAGAGAACGGGAAUGGGACUACGGAACACCAGUGCGUAAUGGGGUUAUCUGAUGCCGAGUUCAUCUGGGGUAACUUUUUAACAGCUAUGGCCUAUGGCCUCGUCGUGAGUUUCAUCGCUAUCGCAAUGAUGUUUUGGCCCAGAAAUGUGCAACACCCCUACGGCGAGGGAUUGAACGUGAGCCUGGUUACCGUGUCAUUCGUCAUCUCUCUUGUUGGAGAUUGCCUAGUCAUCAUACUCCUCACCUGUGUGUUCCCUAAAGGGCAAAUUGCAAUAGUCCUGGCCAUGGCGCUAGCACUUAUUGCUCCUGCCUUCAUCUCAACAUCGUCAGUACCGUUGCCCAACUAUUUCCUAGGAUCAAGGCAGUCGAAAAUCGCCACGUGUGUCUUGCCCCACACAGCUUUAUACUCUGUAAUGAGGAUUAUCUGCAUCGCCCGAGACUACGAAGGAGGCGCAUCAUGGUCACUCGUGACCAGGAGAGUGCUUGACAAAGACAAUGUCACAAUUGGGGAACUUUGGGGAGGGAUGCUCAUCUGCGACGUUGUUAUGAUGUUCUUGGCAUUCUACCUAUCGAAUGUUCUUCCCUGUAGCACCAACAAUCGACGAAGCCCGAUAUUCUGCCUUCUGCCCAGCUAUUGGAGAGACGAACCUGCAAUAGUUGCAACUGAAGAAGCGAACGUCAAGCAAGACGUUCUUAGAUUUGAGGAACUACAGCCAGGCGACAAGGCUAUCAUCACCACCGAUAAUCUGACCAAGGUUUUUGGGCCCAAGCCAGUGCUGAACAGCAUAAGUUUGAAAGUGUGCGCAUCGAAAAUCACUGUGCUCCUUGGUCCUAAUGGAGCCGGGAAGACGACUCUCAUGAACAUAUUGACAGCUCAAGGGAGGGCAGCCCGGAAGGCUCGUGGAAUCUUGCCAGAAUUGCCUGCGAUUGGUCGCACUGGAAGACAAGGCUUCGAGCUUUCCCAAAACGCUCAGUGGCGGCAUGAAGAGAAAGCUGAGCGUAGCGAUGACUCUUGUUUCUGAGCCAGAGGUGCUCAUUCUAGACGAGCCGACGGCGGGCAUGGAUGUAGAGACGAGACGGGCCGUAUGGGACACCUUGACAGACGUGGCCAAGGAGAGAACUCUGCUACUGUCCUCUCAUGACAUGGAGGAAGCUGACGCCAUUGCUG